AUGGCCGUGCUGUCCAACUAUAUUCUGUACGAAAUCAUGGAAGAAGCGGGUCUGCCAAAGGGUGUAAUCCAGUUCUUGCCCGUGGCCGAUCCGAGAACAGUCGUUGAGCCAGCCCUCGCCAACCCUCAAUUCGCGGGUCUGCAUUAUACUGGCUCUUCGGCAGUCCUGCGAACUCUCUCUGCUCAGAUUGGCGCCAACACCAACAUUUACAAAAGCUUCCCUCGCAUCGUGGGAGAGAGUGGAGGCAAGAACUUCCACCUCGUCCAUAACUCCUGCAAAGACGACGUUGACUGGAUCGCGUCUGCCGCGGUGCGCUCAGCAUAUGAGUUCCAAGGCCAGAAAUGCAGUGCUCUAUCCCGGAUCUAUGUCCCAAAGUCCAUGUGGGAACAGGGUGCUUUGAGAUCUGCACUGAUCCGUGAAGCUGCUAAGAUGACACACGGCGACGAUGUCAAACAACUUCACCAUCCCCUGGGUCCUCUAUCCUCCGAGGCUUCGUUCGAGCGAUUCCAACGAUUUGUUCAGUGCGCCAAGGAUGAUGGCCAUGAAUUAGUCUACGGUGGCAGCACAGACGGCAGCAAGGGGUUCUUUGUCCAGCCUGCCAUCUUCAAGACCAAGGAAUCCGCCGAUAGUCCGGAAUCUGACUUGAUGAACAAGGAGCUCUUUGGUCCCCUUUUCGCCGUUCAGACCUACGACGAUUCCGGAUUCGAGGAUGUCUGCGAGCUCAUUGAUCGCACUUCCGAGUACGCCUUGGCAGGCUCUGUCUUUGCCCGUGAUAGGCAGGCUAUUAAGAUUGCAGAUGAGAAGCUGCGAGACUCGGUCGGUAUGUUCUGCAUCAACGAUAAAAGCACAGGGGCGGUUAUCGGUGCGCAUCCUUUUGGUGGAGCCCGUUCAAGCGGUACGAAUGACAAGGCGAACUCGGUCAAUGUUUUGCUGAGAUUCUCGAGUCUUCGUUGCGUCAAGGAUUCGUAUGCGACUGGUAGUACCACCCUGGGUGCUUGCCAUGUCCCGGAGUGA